AAGCGAGUCAUCACAUUACAAUAGAAGGAUAAGGUACCCGAUAGAUAGAUAAAGAAAAAGUUUCCGUAACUGUGGGUUUUGGAAAUCGAAAACGAUAACCUCCAACAAUGUUAUCUUCUUCGCUCUCAUUCCUUCACUCUUGCACAUUUCCCUCUUCUUCCUCUUCCUUGUUCACAAUUCCAUCUCCAAAUCCCAAUUCUCCGUCUUCUUUAUCCUUUGUGGUUGAAGCCAAGUCAAGUACCCGAAGGGAAGACAGAACUGCUCGCCAUGUUCGUAUCAGGAAGAAGGUUGAAGGAACACCCGAAAGACCAAGAUUGUCUGUCUUCCGAUCCAACAAGCAUCUCUUUGUCCAGGUGAUUGAUGACACAAAGAUGCAUACAGUUGCUUCAGUUUCCACAAUGCAGAAGGCAAUUGCUGAAGAGUUCAACUACACCUCUGGCCCAACAAUUGAAGUAGCAAAGAGGGUGGGUGAGAUCAUUGCAAAAUACUGUCUGGCGAAGGGAAUCACAAAAGUAGCCUUUGACCGUGGUGGUUACCCGUAUCAUGGCCGUGUUAAAGCUCUCGCUGAUGCGGCUCGCGAACAUGGCCUGGAGUUCUAAAAUGAGCACUCUCUUUGUAUUUCAUGUUUAAUUUUCUAUCUCAAGGAAAAACAGUUUUUUUAAUGGCAUUUCCUCGCUUCCAAGUGACUUUAUUAUGGCUAAACUACUCCUAUUUAAUAUAUAUCUAUCCAUUUUUUUA